GCGAUCCGUCUCGCGCAGAGUGAAGACUGGAACAACUGGAGGCAGGUCCAUAGCUGCAGCUCAAAGAAAAUGAAUGGCACACUGGAUCACCCAGACCAACCUGAUCUAGAUGCUAUCAAAAUGUUUGUGGGUCAAGUCCCACGGAGCUGGUGUGAGAAGGAUCUAAGAGAACUUUUUGAACAGUAUGGUGCUGUCUAUGAAAUCAAUGUCUUGCGGGACAGGAGCCAAAAUCCUCCUCAAAGCAAAGGGUGCUGUUUUGUUACAUUUUAUACCCGUAAAGCUGCACUAGAAGCACAGAAUGCUCUUCACAACAUGAAGAUCCUCCCAGGGAUGCACCAUCCUAUCCAGAUGAAACCAGCCGACAGUGAAAAGAGUAAUGCAGUAGAAGAUAGGAAAUUGUUUAUUGGAAUGAUAUCCAAGAAGUGCAAUGAAAAUGAUAUUCGAGUGAUGUUCUCCCCCUUUGGGCAGAUUGAAGAAUGCAGGAUAUUACGGGGCCCAGAUGGYCUGAGCCGAGGUUGUGCAUUUGUGACUUUUACAACAAGAGCCAUGGCACAAACAGCAAUCAAAGCAAUGCACCAAGCACAAACCAUGGAGGGUUGCUCUUCUCCCAUUGUUGUAAAAUUUGCAGACACGCAGAAGGACAAAGAGCAGAAACGAAUUGCUCAGCAACUUCAGCAACAGAUGCAACAAAUCAGUGCUGCCUCAAUAUGGGGAAACCUGGCUGGUCUCAACACCCUUGGACCCCAGUACUUAGCACUUUAUUUGCAGCUCCUUCAGCAGACAGCAGCUGCUUCUUCUGGGAACCUGAACACACUGAGCAGCCUCCACCCAAUGGGAGGACUGAAUGCGAUGCAGCUACAGAACCUGGCAGCGUUGGCAGCUGCAGCCAGUGCAGCUCAGAACACACCGAGUGGCACUGCUGCACUCACUUCCUCCAGCAGCCCCCUGAGUGUGCUCACCAGCUCAGCAGGUUCCUCACCUAGUUCCAGUAGCAGCUCCUCUGUUAAUCCAAUGGCUUCUCUUGGAGCAUUGCAGACGCUGGCAGGUGCUACAGCAGGCCUCAACGUUAGCUCUUUAGCAGGAAUGGCAGCCUUAAAUGGAGGACUUGGCAGUGGUGGUCUCUCAAAUGGGACAGGUAGCACAAUGGAAGCUCUCACACAGGCUUAUUCUGGAAUCCAGCAAUAUGCUGCUGCUGCACUGCCCACACUCUAUAACCAGAGUCUUCUAACACAGCAGAGUAUUGGUGCAGCAGGAAGUCAAAAAGAAGGUCCAGAGGGAGCCAAUCUCUUUAUCUACCAUCUUCCCCAGGAGUUUGGGGAUCAGGAUCUGCUGCAGAUGUUUAUGCCAUUUGGAAAUGUCGUCUCUGCCAAGGUUUUCAUUGACAAGCAGACCAAUCUAAGCAAGUGUUUUGGUUUUGUAAGUUACGACAAUCCUGUCUCUGCGCAGGCUGCCAUUCAGUCAAUGAACGGCUUCCAGAUCGGCAUGAAGCGGCUGAAAGUACAGCUGAAGCGCUCCAAGAAUGACAGCAAGCCAUACUGAGCACCCCUCCCCUCCAGGACUGGAGUGAGAAGGAUCUUCUGGUAAGUUGGAGAGGAGCGCACUUAGUGAUUCGAAGCCCUAAGGCUGUGUUUUUGCAGUCCUGGAAGCUGAUCCAUGCCUUCUAUCUGGCACAUCUUCCCUUGAAGACUCUGCUGCAGCCUCUGCUGAGAAUCCCACUUCGGAUGGAGGACAAGUUUGUGCUUUUGUUUCCAGUGUUUUACUUUGGAGUUUAGGUGCCAUAUCGCUGAGGUUUUUUUGUUUAGUUUUGUUUUUUUUUUUCUCCCUUAUUUGAAGUUUGCUGUGUUUGUAACCAGUGUGUGUUGAGAAGGACCAAUGCCAGCUCCUUGGGGGUGGGGAGAGAAGGUUAAAGGGAGCAGCAGAAACUGACACCACACUGCCUUGGGCUAGAGAGGGGAAGGGAAAGCAGAAAUAACACUGAACAGCUGAUGAAAACAAAGAUGGGCAAGGAGAACAGAGUCCUGGGUGAGAAAGAACUGACUCCUUGUAGCCUUUGUCAUGCCCCAUCCACUCUUUGAAAUUUCCUUAACUGUUUGCCACAGUGGGCAUUUAAUAACUCAUCUCUAAAGCAGGAGACAGGCUAAAAGGGGGAACACAUUAACAAGCCAAAGGAAAACUGCAGUGAUUUUUUUUUCCUGUUUAUAAACUAGUGUUUAUAUAGCACUGUGAAUGUACACAGCACUUUAUAAAAUUAUUAGAUAAUGUCUCUGCCCAGAAAAUUUCACUCUCUGUCUACAGUGGAAUACUAAUGAGGUGCAGUGAAUUUCUCCAUAUAUAAGAAAACUUAACCUAUGUACUUUAUCUAGGUUUUGUGGAAAGGUAGAGGCAUCUUAGUCUGGAUGAAUACAUCUGGGUCUGGAAACAAGAAACUUUAGACCCCUGGUAACCUGCAGAAAUUUUUGACAAUUUUUCUUUMUUAACAGUUGAUCACAUUCCUCAUUUCUGUGGAAUAAUGUCUUUUUUGCAGAGAUUGCUAUGAAUUCCUUUUCAUAAGCAUAAUGUAAGUGCUGAUUGUUUAAUGAAAUGAUAACUUCCUGUUUUGUUGGGGUUUUUUGUUGUUUUUUUUUCAAUGAACAAAACUUGUGCAGUGACUUGGUCUAGUAAUUAGGUGUUUCUUUAUACUGCAGUUUUCCUUUAAGUUGGUGUGUACCAGUGCACAACAGGCUAAACCAGGAGCUGUAGAACCAGAGUAUUGAGCCAUUCAGCCUUUUUCUGCCUUUUGGUACUAGCUGUUUUCUUUUACAAUGAAGGAAAAUUGAACACACCCCUUAAGAGAACACACACUAUUUCUGCAUUUUAGUGAAGUUACUAGUGCUUUGCUAAGGGCCUUUGUUAUUCUCUGGUUUUAGGGGGCUCAAAGGAUUUUUGACACUCUGGCCUGAGCUGUUUCAAGAAAUCAGGGUAGAGGUCCAUUUUGUAACCACCAAAAUCCACCUCUGUCACAAGAGGAAGUUUACAAUUUCUGUGUCUUUAACAGAAGUUCGAUUUACCUCAUAACAUCUCCUUUYCCUUGUUUUCUUUGUAUUCCUGGGUUGUGAGGCUGUUUCCCAAGGCACCAGCUAGCACUGCAGUCUGGGAGCCAGCUGCUAAAUUAUGUGUAUGGGUCAGAUGUGGGGUCAGGACUUUGUGUUCUGCUCCAGCAGGAGGAGCACUAAACCCAUCAAACCUGAGAUCUCGGUCGGAAUCCCCACUUGUGUGUGGUGAUCUGUUGGGAAUGUUGGGCAUUUCCAGGGACUGGGCCCCCUGGGAUCUCAAACCUCAGAAUUACAAGGCCUGAUAUGUGACAUCCAAGGGGAGCCCUUAUCAAUUUUUGAUUAAACAGUUUAUGUCAGUCUGUCCCAUAUUGAUGGCAGGCAGGUAAAUCUGUCAGUAUUAUUUAAAUAAUUUUAUGGUGGCAAAGUUUCAAAGGCCAGAUUGCCAAAUUUCCCAGUUAUGCUGGCAUGUGGUACCCUUCUGUGUUAAUUAUUUGAAUCUCUCUAGAAACGUAAACAUACACUGAAGUGAACCAUGUACACUUGAAUUCUGCACCAUAGGAAAGAUGUGUCCUGGUUUUCUGAGAAAAGAGUGUUGGAGUGUGAAGGCCUCCAGGGUGWUAAUGGGAUUUUUUUAUAUAUAUAUAAAUUAUAUACUUUUCAAAAAAAAAAAGAAAAAAAACAUAAAAAAACAUAGUUGGGAGCAACUGCUCCAAGUGCAACCUGCUGUAACCAAGAAUGUUGUUUCUAUUUUUAUAGAAGUUUUAUACCGCUCCAGGGUGGAGAAUAUUUAUUACCUAAAUUAUUUCACUGGAAAAAAAGGCCAGGGUUUUGUAGAAUCCUGAAUGUGAUUGUUUUACACACAUAAUGAUGUGCACGAUUGAAACUACUGAUUUUCAGUGGCCUGUUUGCAGCCCAACAACUGCUUAACGAGGAAGAUGAAUGCUGUGAACCAGUGGAGGACAGCACUGUGCUCUGGGGUCUCUACAGUCACUCUUACCUUCUUUACACCUUACCCCACUGUACUAUCCAAGACCUUUGUCCUGUUUUUCUUUUAACCUGAUKCUCUGGCCUCUUUACUAGUCAUUUCAGUUGCCCAAAAUUAGAUAUUUAAGCUUCUUCAUCUUACAGUGUGUCCUCAAUACUGUAAAUUAGAGAUCAAACUUGGCAUUGUUGCAAAUAGGUGUGACUCCUAUUAACUUUAGGAGAUUCACCAGUUUACACUGUGGCUUAGUUUGAUCAGUGACUCCUCCCAGACAUAAUCACCUUAAGACACCUAACUUGGGCUAGCUCUUGUGCCUUACGGCGUAACUAUAAGUAUUGCCAAAAAGCAAAUAAAUCUAUGCAGGUUACAUUUUAAAAGAUGUGAUCCUCAGAUGGUUUGAAUCAAUGUAGUUCAGCUCUCUGAAUGCRGUAGAGCUGCAUCAGUUUUCACCAGCUGAAGAUGUUGCCCUUUUUGUGUAUUUGUUUCAGAUUUCCCUUUCUUGGUGUAUCAGUGUGUAUGUUGCCAAAGUUAAUAAAUGUAUCAAGUUUGUGACUUGGGCAGAUUUUUUUUCUGAUAACAAAACUGAUCAGAAAAAGUCAACAUUUUUUGUGUCUGUUUGAUGGCUGCCACUUGAUUGUGGGGAUUUAGGCUGCUCUUGCCUUUCAGUCUUAAGCCAGUUUUCUUCCUCACUCGUUGGCAGGAAAAUCUGGGAUUUUGGGGGACUUGGGRCUUUUAAAUUUUAUUUUUAGUUCAUAUGAUGCUCUCAUUCAAGUGCAGAUCAAAUGCUUUAUUUCCUGGAUAGUAAGAUAAGAGUUGGGUGAGUUCAAAUAAACUGCAGAAGGUUGCCUGAAGUAGCCAUAAGGACAAAGUGUGCUGUAUGCUUAAAACCAAAGAACCCGAUUUUCUACAAUAGAAGCUAGAAGGACUUCUGAUGAAAUAGAAUUCCUUAUUACAUAUGCCACCGGGAAAUACUUAACAUAUUUUUAAUUUGCAAGGUGGAAAUUAUCUACUUUAUAGAUACUUUUUUCUCAGGAGAUAUUUGAUUUUACUGCUGCAACAAGAUGAAAUAAUUAUGAACUUAGUCUCAUACUGUUUAUUGUCAGUUCUGUAGUAAAUGAAAUCAUAAUUCCUUCAGUCCCCUAGAUAAUCAACAGUCCAAAAUAAGAUAGUUCUUCRUAUUUUAGCUUUUUUUAAUACAAAACUGGCACUAUUUAAAAAUUCCAGCUGAGAAAAAUUCUGACUGUCAAAUGCAUCUAUCAGGAAAAAGCUUUUCACCUGAAUAUUGAAAGUCGCACAUUACAAUAAUUGCAUCAUGCAGCUAACUGAACUGGUAAUGGCUGUGGGUUAGGGCAAGCAGAAUGAAAUUGUUCCUGUUUUAUUUGGAAAUACCUAAAAACAACUUGGAUAAAACAAAUUGCAAAUGAAGGGUGCAACUGUGAAGAGGUAAAAUGCUUUGAAAGCUUCUUAUUGCAGACAUUGAAACCUAAGGGUGAUUGAUAUCCCUUAGCAUACCUGCCACAAAAUUUAAAACACAGAAUUAUCAUUGUUGUGAGAAUAAAACAAGGACAAACUGGGAUAAGUUUCUAAGUCAUUGUUCUGUUCUUAUAGGCAGGUCUUYCCAUAGGGUUUUGAUGAAACUUAAUGUUUCCCCGCAACAUAGCUGAGUGACCUAUUUGAAAAAUCCCUAUCAAGAAAAUCCCCUGAUAAAUCACACAAGAUUUCAAUGGUGCAUGCUUAGAUGUCACUUGAUUUCAUGUUUCUUGUUUCUCAUGYCUCAGUUCAUGAUGAAUUUGCUUUCUGGUUUAGGAGUGAAAAGUUGCACCUAUCUGCAAAUUAUGUAGAAUAUUUCUAGAAAUAUAGAAAAAACUGCAAGUGUUGCAUUGUACUCUGAUGGCAGGAGUUGGUUUAAACUCCAUAGUAAAGUCCUUUCCCUUUACUGGGAAGCAUGAAAAACAAAUUAAUCUCAGCAGUUCUAAUAAGAGGAGUGUUGCUGGUUUAGUAGACAAAUUGUUUCUUGUUGCUUUGGAACUAGAAUGCAACACUUGAUAUUCUUAAAUUAUGUAAGAUAAUAUGCAAAUCUCACCUYGUUCUAGUCUCUAACCAGAAGCUUUGAGAUGUGCUAAAGAUUAAGGACACAAACAGGAGCUAAAAAGAGGAGUUGGAGGUGCAGGGAGACAGAAUAAGAAAACAAACUGCUUCCUCUCCCCUCUGCCUCCCACUCUCAUCCCAAAAUGUUCCUUGCAGCUCACGAGCUGAGGGGARAAAACAGAGGUAUUUAUGUCACUUUAUAUAAGUUAAUAUAAGAAGUAUUU